AUGGAAUUUCAAAACCCAUCACCAGAAAUCAACGAAGAUAUCAAAGCUAUUUCAAUAAUGGAUUGUGAGGACUUGGUCUCGGAGGAAGAUCAGAAUUUGGAGGAGGUACCAGAACCUAAGGUUGGUAUGUUUUUUGAUUCAAAAGAUGAUGCACGUGACUAUUAUGGUAGAUAUGCGAAAGUGCAAGGUUUUGUUGUGGUCACAAGAACUUCUAACAAGCGUAGGAAUGGACAAAAGACGAAUAUAACCUACUCUUGUCAUAGGGGUGGAAAGUCAAGGGACAAGGGACUGAACCCACUCAAAGCCCAUCCAACAUCCAAAACUGAUUGUAAAGCAUCAAUGAACUUGUCCUUGAAAAUCGAUGGAAAGUGGCUUUUGAAUUCAAUAGAACUGAAACAUAACCAUGAAAUGUGCCCGAAGAAAGCUCGAUAUCUACAAGCCAAUCGGGUUAUCCCACUACAUGCAAAAAGGACAAUAGAGUUGAAUCGCUCGGCUGGAAUAAAAAUGAAUCAGACAAUUGCCUCAUGUACGAUUGAGGUAGGGGGGCCUAGCAAGCUGCCAUGGUUACCCAAGGAUGCAAGGAAUUACGCCGAUAAAGUGAGACGCUCAGAACUUAAGGAAGGGGAUGCAGAAUCAAUGCACAAGUAUUUUAUUAAGAUGAAAACUGAUAAUGAAGCAUUUUUUAUGCAAUUGAUCUAG